GUUGUGGUCGUGGUUCGGUGCUGUCGAUACCGAUCGAUCGGGUGCGAUCACUGCUAUCGAACUUGAGAGGGCGUUGAUUAAUGGAGAUUGGACUCCGUUUGAUUUGGAUACUGUGAAGCUUUUGAUGAGUAUGUUUGACGUCGACCGGAGUGGUACGAUUGGGUUCAACGAGUUUUCUGGACUCUGGAAAUACAUCAAGGACUGGCAGAACGUAUUCCGCCACUUUGACAGAGACCGCUCAGGCUCCAUCGACCGCAACGAGCUCCGCGACGCCCUCCGCCAAUUCGGAUACAACCUCAGUCCACCCCUCAUCGAGCUCGUCCAAUCUAAAUACGCUUCCAACGUCACUAGCGCCUACGGCCCUGCUCCUGGGAUCACGUUUGAUAGGUUCGUGAGGGCUUGUGUGGUGAUUAAGCAGUUGAGCGCUGCGUUUGAGGGGUUGGAUACGGAUAGGGAUGGGUGGGUGCAGAUUAAUUAUGAUCAGUUUAUGCAGACUGUUUUGUCGUUGCCUUGAGGUGGACUUGGAUCGGGAAAGGGUCAGCCAGGCGUAGAGUGGAAUAUGUACUUGUAGCCUGUUGGUAACAGUAACCAGCUGGACGAAAUUAUGCAUAUCUGUCUUUUUCUUCUUC